AUGGCCUCCUCCACAUCCAUAGACGCGCUAGCAAGCGCCAUAGUCGCACGGUUCCUGCGGACCUAUGACUAUACAGAGACCCUGGAGGCCUUCGUCCGUGAGGCAGGUCUUCCACCCGACGUAGGGCAAGCUUCAGGUGACGACACCCACAACUUGACCAUUCAGCGCUUGCUGGAAGAGAAGAUCACCUUUGACCAUACCGUUAACUUCGAGCGAUAUGGGAAAGAUGAUAAAGAUAAUGAGGGGUGGAGUAUUCCUGCACCGUCAAAACCAACAGUGGUUCAGACAUCAACUUCAUCAAAUAUUCUCUCUGCGUCUGUAGAGCCCUGGAAGAAAUUAGGCCAUGAUGAAGCCGCACCUCAUUCGGUGCAGCCGUUGAUUCUUGCUACUAGCGCUGAUAGAAAAGCGCACUUGUUCGAGACGGCACCGGCUCAUGCUUCUCUUGCCUCGCUACCUGUGACUGAUUCCCCGGUUCUUUCAUAUGUAUCAAUUCUGGACGGUCAAUACAUUCUAAUGGCCAACAUGGCUGGCAACCUGCUGCUUCAGCAAGGGUCUCGCGUCCUAGACAAAAGAAAGGACCACGCCAAAUACGUGGUCAAGGUGGUCGUCCAUGAGGACCAAAGCUUCUCCGGCUCACGAAGAUACUGGAUUGCCACCGCUGGCUGGGAUGCGACUGUCUACUUGUACCGAAUGGACAUCCCGGAGGACUCUCAGCCCAUCAUCGGAGAGCCAGUGGCACAUAUCAAACUAACCACGAACCCCGAGUCGCUGCUUUUCGUCCCGAACAUUGAUUCUGGCGAGCUACUACUCCUCGUCUCGCGCCGAGACUCGACCUAUAUCUACUACUACGAAGUCGCCUCGUCCAACUCGGAGUCCCGCCUCCUUGGUAAACAGAAUCUAGCUCCUCACUCCAAUGCCUGGGUUGCAUUCUCUCCAGCUUACAUGGCGCUCAGUCCACAUGACCCUGGCUUACUAGCCGUUGCAACUUCGACGCUACCGCAUCUGAAAGUGAUGAUUGUGCGCCUUUUGUUUCCGUCUACCGAGUCUCUUGGUGAUUCGGCAUCUGCAGAUCCAGUGACGCAGGCUUCGCAGGCUAUGGCUUCUUUGGCGCUUCAAAACCGCGAGGACGCCGCUAUCUUGCUUCAGGCGAAUACCUUUGCGCCGCAGACGGCGUACUCGACUCCACAGGUUGUGUGGAGACCCGAUGGGUCGGGAAUUUGGGUCAAUGGGGACGAUGGUUUGGUGCGGGGAAUUGAGACGAAGACGGGGAAGGUGGUGGCUACAUUGAACAAUGGCCAUGAGCUGGGCUCUAAGGUGCGGACUAUCUGGGCUGGAUAUGUUGAUAUACCCGGCAAGGAUGAUUGUUUCACUCAGCAAGAAUGGGUGAUUAGUGGUGGAUUUGAUAAGAAGCUGAUUGUUUGGAAAGUUUGA